AAUAAUCACUAUCAUUAAAAUAGUGAAAUAAAAGUUUUCCCUGAAGUAGUGUGUAAAAAUAAUCUAAGUUGUACCAUGAAUUCAUAUGAAUUCUUAAUUGACGGGAGUUUUAAUACUUAAUACGGACGUUAAAAAAUCUUAAGUAGUAUAUAAAAUGACUACUUCUUUUCUCGAGAACAAAAUUUUAAACCUACAGGCUAGGUUAAAGGCAGAAAAUGAAUCCGUCGAAGAAAAUAACAUUUCUCCAUCAUUAUCUAGCCCUAGGCAAGGUUCUGGUCGACGACCCAAGCAACUUGGUGAUAUGGGAACUCCAACUCGAACUCGAAAACAUAUUGAUUUACCUGUAAGUGUGUUAAUGCAACCAAAAGUUGAAGAUACUACAGAAGUUGAAGUUAAAAUGAAACAAAUUAUGAAAAUGAGUGGACUUCUCACAAUUAAUGGCAUUAAAUACAAAACAGAAUUAAAGGAUUUAGAGCAUCUUGGAGAGUUAGGAAGUGGUACUUGUGGUCAUGUUGUUAGGAUGUUACACAAACCUAGUAAUACAGAAAUAGCAGUUAAACAAAUGAGAAGAUCAGGAAAUAGCGAAGAGAAUAAACGUAUUACUACUGAUCUUGAGGUUGUACUGAAAUCACAUGAUUGUCCUUACAUUGUUAAAUGCUUAGGUGCAUUCAUUACUGAAUCAGAUGUAUGUAUUUGCAUGGAACUUAUGGCUACUUGUUUUGAUCGUUUAUUAAGAAAACUUAAAGCACCUAUUCCUGAGAAUGUACUUGGAAAGGUUGCUCUUAAUACUGUUAAAGCAUUAAGCUAUUUAAAAGAGUCUCAUGAUGUCAUACAUAGAGAUGUAAAACCAUCAAAUAUCUUACUUGAUGAAAAAGGAAAUGUAAAAUUGUGUGAUUUUGGUAUAUCAGGAAGAUUAGUUGACUCAAAAGCUCGUACUAAAAAUGCUGGUUGUGCUGCAUACAUGGCUCCUGAGAGAAUUGAACCAAGACAAUUGGAUUAUGAUAUACGUGCUGAUAUAUGGAGUUUAGGUAUAACAUUAGUUGAGUUGGCUACCGGUGUAUUUCCUUAUCGUGAUUGUAAAUGUGAUUUUGAAGUAUUAAGUAGAGUUUUGAAUGAUGAUCCUCCAUCACUUCCACAAGAUCAAGAAUUUACAAUAGAAUUUCGAAAUUUUGUUUCUAGUUGUUUAAUCAAAGAUUAUAAAGUGAGACCAAAGUACAAACAGCUGUUAGAACAUCCUUUUCUAUUAAGAUAUGUUGAUAAGUCUGUAAAUGUUGCUAAUUGGUAUGCUAAUGCAAUAAAACAAAGCUGUACACCUAAGUUAGAAAACCCCAUUGUAGUAGAAACUAUUCCAUCAUGUAUUCGUAAGAUGUCUGAUUAUCAACUUCCACAAUUAAGUUUAAUAGAUAAAAAUAAGGCUAAUGGGAAUGUGGUAACUGAAUCUCCUAAAUCUAUCAAACGUUUUCCGAGUACAGAGGUACCUCCUUCAGUUUUGCUUUCUCCUUAUAAACAACUGACAAAUGGUAAUAUUUCUGCUAAUACUAGCCCAUUAUUAUUACAAAGAUUUUAUCAUCAACAAAAUCAGCAUCAUUCUAGAUCAUCUUCAGUCUCCCCUAAUCGUUUUGAACGAAGUACUCCUGUAGAAACCAAUCCUCCUGGCUCUCCAAAACCAAGUCCUAGGAAGAGUCUUAUAUCAGCCUACCUCAAAUUUGCUCCUUGGAGUAAAACUCCUAGUCUACCAGUUCGAAAUCAAGGUUUGUCUUCUGGUACAUCAUCUCCCUUAGUUCCAAAGCAUGAAAUAUGUCCACCUUCUCCAGCACCAGCACGUAAGGCAUUUGAUGGUUCUCCAGUCGUGUCUAGGAGAUAUGUAUCACCCGUGCCACCAACUCCCCCACCUAGGCGGUUAUCAGAGAGUGGAUCAUCUCCAUUGCAUGCAUUUUAUCAACAACGAUUAUUUGGACAACCAAAGUUGGAAGAAAAAGAUCGUAGAUAUACACCCCAACCAAGACGACGAGUUGUAUGUCAGUUUAAUGAUAUAUGACAGUUACUGUGUGGACAGAGGCGUAAAGAACCUGUCCCAAAAACUGAGUGAACAAUUUUGUUUAAGGAAAUUAACUUAAAUAAUUUUAAAUCUUUGGAUUUAAGUUAGCAAUUAAAAAGACAAUUUAUGUAUUAAAUUAUACAAAGCAAUAGUUAAAUAAUUAUA